AUGGAAACUACAGGGCUACCUUUCCCCAGUCUUCUUGCUCUCGUGUAUCUCCUUCAGAUGGUAACACCAAGUUCAGAACAAUUCACAGUAAGUGGCUUAGCGAGGCCAGUCUUGGCUUCAUUGGGUGAAAAUGUUGACCUCAGUUGCCAGCUGUCUCCACCACAGAGUGCACAACAUAUGGAGGUACGCUGGUUCCGGAACCGCUACACACAACCUGUUCAUCUGUACGAGAAUGGUAAAGACAUGCAGGGAGAAACCAUCUCCCAGUAUGUGGAGCGGACAGUGCUCCUAACAGAAGCCAUUGGAGAAGGUAAAGUGAUCCUGAGGAUCCUUAACGUCAGUGUUGAUGAUGAUGGGCAAUACCAUUGCCUCUUCAAAGAUGGUGAUUUCUAUGAAGAAGCUAUCACAGAAGUGCAGGUCACAGCUACAAGUUUAGAAAUACAGAUUCUUAUGCAUCCUCCAAACAUCAAAGGUCUUAUGGUGGAGUGUAAAUCAGAAGGUUGGUACCCACAGCCUCAAAUGGAGUGGAGAGACAGCAGAGGAGAAAUCAUUUUACCUAUAUCAAGGAACCAUUCCAGGGAUAGAAACAAAUUGUUCAACGUGAAGAUGAGCCUUCUCCUUACAGGGAGCUCCCAGGAGAAUGUCACUUGCUACCUUCGAAACCCUGUAACUGGUCAAGAAGAAAGAACCAGCAUUGUCUUAUCAGAUAAACUAUUUCCAGGGAAGAAUAUUUGGAUCCUGAUUCUGUUUGUGAUGAUGGCUGUACUGCUAUUCUUUAUCAUGGUGCCCAGUAUUGAACUACAUUUCAGACAGAAUUAUAGCUUAAAGGACUGGAAAUCUCCACUCAUAGUGGGCCUAGGGAUAGUCUUCCCUUCAGUGGGUGUAAUCGUUGGAGUUGUUGUCAGUCUGCAUAAAAAGGAAAGAGUCCCUGUUUCAGAUCCACAAUUCCAGUUGGAUACUCUGUGGUUGGAAGAUAUGAGUGUGAUCCUGUGUAUGCUGCUGAUCUUCAUCACCAUGCUCAUUUCUUUCAUUUACUUCAGAUUGAGAGCCCUGUGUUUCCUGAUCACAGGUAAGUCUCCUUUUCAUGAUAACCCUCAAAAGAUUCCAGCAAAUGGCCCAAAUGAGAGGAAAGUGACGAUGGCUCCACAAAGAUCAGGAGAUCUUGGUGGUAAUAGCAACUCUAGCAGCAGCAGUGCCUUCACCCUGUAG